UAUCAUUAUUAAGGCGCCCUCUUUCUAAGAGGUAUUUUAAGAGGCAUUCCCCCGUCAUUGGAUAUGAUUUUUUAGCUCCAUGAGGGUCUGAUGAGGUUUCGACUAUUUUUAGAAGAAAAAUAAUAAUUUCUAAAAAUUAGGCGCUCGCAAAUUCAAUGAGCGAAAAUCUCCGUUUUGCCCAAACAUUUUCUACGCUUGGGGGAAGCCCUUUAUUGACAAGUUUGUUUGGUUGUUUCCCCGUUGGAUUAAUUCAACAACCAGCAUUAACUAAUUAUGAACAAAAUAAUGAAAAAGAAAAGGAGACAAAACAAAAAAAUAAGAAAAAUGUUUACACACAAACUGAAUGGACAAAAUGGCGUGAGGACCAAUAUUCACGUAAACGUCGUUGGUCUCCAAUUAUCAACCCUUCACCAACUAACCAAAUAAAUCAAUUUAAUUUACUUCAACCUCCCCACUCUUAUGCCCUAACAGAAAUGUUUGAUGAUUGCGCUUCUGAAGCAGAAAUACGAAACGAAAAAAAUUUUGAUUAUUACGAAAAUGAAUGUGAAACUCCUCCAAAUUAUUUUGAAUUUUAA